GUGACACAGCAAGGGAAGCGAGUGGUAGUGUCGAGCGCGGGCCCGUCCCUUCUUUGUGCUGUGUUCAUUUCAGUGACCCGAGUAGUGUACAGUUUUCGUUACAGUUGAUCGGCCUGAGAAAAGUGCCUGUCUUUAAGAAGAAUAGUGAAGGAGAACGUAGCAACCGGACCCCCGCGUAUGCCUGUUAUGCUCGUGAAUGAGAGUGUGGGAAUCACGCCAGAAAGCUUAUUGUGGGUGUAACUAAGGGAGGGGGAGAUGCGUUAGUUCAGAGGGGGUGAGAGUGAGAGGGCAGCGUGGUAAGCAGAGAGAUUGGAAGAGAGGAGGGUGAUAAAAGAGAGGGAGAGAGAACGUGCGUAGAUGGUCUGUUGUCGGGAGAGCAGUUGCCAUUUGUUACUUUAUGAGUAAAUAUGCUUGUGUUUGGAUCUAACGAGACGUGCGUGUUAUUUUCACGGUCACCUGCUGUCAGUUUCUUGAGCGUCUAGCGUGUAAGGAAGUGAAUGGCUGAGGAAUAUCUGUCAUGGCUUUCAUUAAAUAAUUGCAGAAAGAUAGUGAAGGGGUUGUAAAUGAAUAUUUUUGGUUAAAUUUAACUGAUAGUGCAUUGCACAAUAGGAUUCAAUUAACUUUCAUCACAACAGGGGUAACUUAUAACGAACGUCACUCAGCGAAUUUUAUAGUUUGUCCGGGUUCAUGAGAUUUAUAAAUUUUGUCGUGUUUAGAUGCAAGAGCAGUGUGAAGAGGACAAGACCGCUAGCUAGUGGGUGUGCGGGCGCGUAGGUCUAGGUAGGUGGGUACGUGGCGGGCGUGCAAGAUGACUGAGCGAAGAGUGUUCGAGUGCCUGUGCUUGGAGCCCAGCAAGGGGGGCUACAGCUACGACUCCGCACUGUUAGUCGAUGUUGACCGCGCUUUCGACUUUGACGAAGCUGUAAUCCGGUUAACAACCAAAUGCAACUCCAUCGUGACUCAGUUUCGCACCUUGGGUCACCAUUUCUCUGAGUUCUCCGUCGCCGCCUCCAAGGUAGACGGAAGCAAGGCAGACUCACCCAACACGGGAAACAGACGGGGCAAGAAUGACAUAGACAGAAUGCAGAGUCCCUCCGGAAACCCCGAGACUCGAAAUCUGCGGCUCAUGGACUUCGAGUGGCGACGCCUCAAGAAGAAGCACUACUCGGGAAUGGUAGCUCUGGCUCGCGUCACCAGGUCCUCGAUACCCAGAAACGGCUCGGGGGGAAGGUACUCCGUCAAAGCCUUCACGGAGGUGGUCCUGAGCCACAUCCAGGCCUACUUCAUGUUCCAGUCCUUCUGCCCGGAGUUUGAACGCUGGAUGGUCGGGGAGGAAGGGACUCCGAGCUACGGGCCUGAGAGUGCCGAUGACGAGUAUCUGCUGUAUCUCGUGUACCGUCUUCGGGAUAAGAGUAUCCCUGCUAAGCCCACUACACCCACAUCGAGGAGGAAGUGGACGGAAGUGGACAGACUAGAAUUUGGCUGUUCGCUGGUUCCCCCCGACAGGCCGUUCGUGCCCAACGCGCCAAAGAGGAGGCGGCGACACACGUCCGGAGAGAGCAACACGAGCACCUGCAGCAGUACGAGCACGAGCAGCACGCCCAGCGGAGGCCCCUCGUACCUGACGCCGCCCACGAUGCGCCCAGCCCCGCACACCCCGGAAGGCACGUGGAGAGCUCGUACGAGGAGCAGCACGGGUAAGGCGCCAGAAGAUAACAAUGCUGAAUGGGAAACUGCAUCAGCUCCCCCGUCAUUAUCAUCUCCUGUAAGUGCAGAUGAUGAUAAUAAUCCAUUCCAAACUCCCUUCAGUCUGAGAAGGAGGAGAGCUUCUGGUUCCAGUCAAAGAAGCAGAAGGAGGACCUCGUCAGGUUCCUCAAGGGAAAAUGAGCCUACUCGCUCUUCGCCACGAUUGCGUAACAGGGGACAAGAGUCAUUACCAGCAAAAGAGUGAGAAAAUUUUUGUACAAUUUUUUUUAUAUUAAAAAGACAAUAAAGUUUGAGGCUGAGGACAAAAGCAAUAGCAUAGCAAUGGAUUAUUGAGUAUCUUAGUGUACUGUAGAGUACAUUUUUGGUGGAUGUUCAAAAGCAGACAUAGUGUCCCCAAAGUGAAGUGCCUCAAGAAAAACUAUAUGUGCAAUUUGUACUAAUAUUUUGAAAUAAGGAAGUACUUUUGACAGAUAUCGUGUAGCCAGUCACACACUCUAUUUUUAACAAGAAUAUAGGCAUUUCGUUUGGCAGCAUAAUGUCUUCAGUGUGAAAUAUAGUGAUGAUUCAAAACACAGAUGUACUUUUAUAUAGCCUUCAUGGAGAAUUUAUAUUUUUUUCAAAAUAUUUGUCUUGUUUGCAAUCCAAAAUCUGUGUAGCUGUUACUCUUUAUCAUAAAUCAGAUAGUAAUUAUGAUUAUAAGAGCUUUAAUUUCAGGAUGAACCUAGUUUUUCUACCAGGUCUUUGAAAUUUGCCUAGUCCAAUGUAUAUCUUAUUUAAAAAAUAAUUUUGUGUACUGAUAUAAUAAGCAAAGUUAAGAAACAAUAACUUGUAGAGAAUAUCUUCAUCUCUAAGCUUUCAGUACAAGUUAUAAAAAAAAACUAAAUCCUAUUUUGUCUGAAGAUAUAGCUUGGUUUAUGGGAUUUAUAGUACAUAAAAUUAAACAUUACCAUUAUUUGAAUUUUGUACACUGAGUUUGUAACUGCCAUUUUGGGAUACAAGUCUCACAGAAUGAGGAAGAAGACUGACUAGAAGUAAACUAUUUUGUUCUAUCCUUUGGUUGUUUCCAUGAAGAUGAGGUUUUGUACCCGUAUGUAUAUAAGAACAGCUCAUUAAUCUGUUAUGCAGAACUGUACAAUUUAACCUGAGGCCUUUUCUAGCUGGCGUUAGUUUCUGUGGUUGCUAGAUAUAAGUUAUGUCCAUCUCUGGAAAGUAAAGGUUCCUUUUUCACUAUUAGUUUAAAAUCUUA